GUGCGCGGCUGUGUCGUCAGAUGUCGCUCCUGGAGUUGGACGGCUUCGGCUGGUUUGGCGAGACCUCCGAUGUUCGCGGGUCCGAGCCCCGGACCCUCCUCUGUUUGGCUUCCUAAAAAUAGGCAACCGCGCUCACUGCUGCAACAACCUUGAAGAAGCCGCCGAGCCCCACCGGCGAUACUUCCAGGCUUGACACACUCGGUCGAAGCUACUUCCCGGUUGAGUCAUCGAUUGGAUUGGCAGGCGGCCACAUCAUGUGCUCGGUCACGGCAGCUCUGAACAACAUAGCAGACGUCAACCUGGAGGUUGGACGGAGUCGCUAUGUCCUCAUCAAAGCUUACGAGAAGGAAGACGAGGACAGCUAUAAGUACAUUGUCCGAGGGUCGGUACUGGCUGCCAACCAUACCGAGGUCUACGACAAGGAACAGGCCGCCCUGAAGGCAGCCGGCCUGGAGAGUGAAUGCGUAGGGGGCGGCUACAUCAUCCACCUUCCGGACACCAAAGAGCUCAAGGUGUACGGGAAUUCGCAGACAUACGGCAAGGCCGACCACGCCAAGGCUACCGAGAUCCUCAAGAAGCAGUACCCGACGUACAGUUCCAUCACGUGGUCCAACGACGUCAUUGUGUAGUGUGCCGCCGUCUCCGAAUUCCAGGGUUGCCGCCUCUCGUGGGAGGCCAGCUUUUAAACUUUGAAACGAGUUUGCUUGGCGUGGUUUCUGGAGCGACCCCACAUAGACGAAGGGAGGGACGUGCACCCCAAGGGCCGACCGAUGAGAAGGGAAGUCUCCCUGAAUUCCUCCUUUCCGUUCAAGAAAAUGGGAGGCCCUUCCCCUUUCUGUGGGAAGUAGCUCAGAGACCCGCUUCUAUAGAAAGAGUGCAUGAGGGAGUGGAGAGGAAACAGGGAACUGGUUUUAUUCCUGGCAGAUUACUAUCCUGUAGGUCGGCCUUUAAUUGAAAAUCGGUUCAGCUGCAGCUGGACUAUGAAACUGGUGUUAGAGGAAUCCAGCUGGAAAUUACUUAGUUCAGCGAGGUCCACUUCCAUAAUUCAGCUACAGCUGGGCCGAUUUCCACUGAAGGGCAUAAUUUAUAUUUGAGUUUAGAUCCAUGCUAAGUUGUGGGAAGCAUGUGCUUUCCACAACUCGAAGGCUCCUACGGCUUCGGGAAUGCUGCACAUAAAUUGCGAGCUGGGCUACUGAGGAUGUUGUAGCGAUCAGCAUGGAAAGUUCCUGUAGCAACAGUGAGGAUACUGGUUCUUUAGCAAAGCUCAUAGGUGGCUAACUACUGGAAUCUAUUCAGAGCUGCACAUGUUUCUAGUGUGGUGGUUUAAAAGAGCCGCUUGCAGUGGUCUUGGAGGCAAUUUUUGAUUGCAGUUUCGAAUGGUAUGGUAUCGCUGCAAACCGAAAGAAUCCAAAAUCUGGGAAACCAGUUUUGCAAAAGAUUUCUGGUCCAAUGUCUAUGCUGGACAUGCAGACCGCAAAAGCAGGCUGUGGUUAUUUCACCUGGAUGUUGUUGCUGCUUUCUGUCCUAGUUUUGCAAGUGUUACAAAAAUAAAGCAGUUUUAAUAUUCAAAUCUCA